AUGGCCAUGGAGCCACAAUGCCCCGUCCCUGGCCGACCGCAAAGCCCCAUGAUUGGCUGGGCAGCUGUCGUGCCUGUCCAGCCGGAGGAGAACCCCACAAGGCUCCCGGAAGAUGCGCGGAGUCCGGAUGGGAGUCGCGUCGGUAAGAUGCAAUCCUGGGCUGGCCUUUCACGCCGGCCAUCUGAGAUCUUUGGCCCCGAUGCUCCGGAGGCAUGCGACUCCGUCGGCAAGCUGUUCUCUUAUGACCCCAACUUCAGUGUGAGCCUCAUGGAUCUAAACUUGAUCAUCGUCGGUACAGGGCCGGUGUCCACGGAGCUGUUGCGCCAGAGGCGACUUGCAGGUGGCCGGGCAUGUGUGCUUUGGACCGAGCAGAUGCCAAUUCUCUCAGACACGGCCGCUUUUAACCGACACCCGUUGUCUGAGCUUCGUAGCAGCGUCUUCCAUCUUCGCAACUUCUGUUGGCAGCCGCCAAGCAUGAGUCGCACCAAUGUGCGUGAAGUCGAGGCGCUCAGGGCGGCUUACAGAUGCUGGCCGUCUGCAGUGAGCAGGCAGGGACCCGACAUAGUGACUUUGCAUGAAGACCAGAUCUAUUCUAUCAGUCAGGACCUUGACGGUCGUGCUUGUGGUAUAGAAGUCCUCGACGGGAUUUCCGGGACCCUGCUCUGGUCUAUGUCUGGUGCUGUUGUCUUUGCUGGAGAUGCAUUUGCUGGCGUUUUCACAGCUGCUUGCGACACGAUCCAUGUCGCAAGUGAGCUAGAUGUGAGUGUGCGCCUCGAGGAUGCGAAGCCCUUGACCAUGAUGAGUACCUGGUCUUGCUUGUGGACUUACCUGUACAGCUUCGUGCAUUUGACCACUUACUGCUCAGCCAUGCGUGUCUUCGAACCUCUCAACACGGCAGAGCAGUUGCCCUGGUGGCGCUGCAGUUUCACCGUAGGGCUUUUCCCGUACGGGUUUGCAGCCUACUGCGUAUACUGGGGGAAUUGCCUUGCAGGCACCAAAUUUCCGCUGGGAAUGAAGAUCGUGGGCGGUUUGGUGGCAAGCAUCCUAUUUACUGUUUUCGCUUUCACCUCGAGGGAUGGAUCCGGAGAGUACCGACCAAUCUUCACGGUGGUUAUCGGAGGUACAAUGUCAUACAUCACGGUGUCAGCAGUCAUUCAUGGCGUCUGGUGCAGGCUUUGGGCACGCUGUGAGUCUUCCUCGGAGAAAGAGUCGGAUAGCAGCGAGGUCAGCAGUGAAGAGGUGAAGCCAGUUACAGUUCACAAGCUAAGUCAUUUGUUGUGGGCGUGCGCCCAUUUCCUCCUUACAUUUGGUAGCUGGAUGUUCCUGUACAUGAUCUCCAUGGUGUUCUCGCGGCUGAAUGAUACCUCUGCGGUUGGCGCGGCCUUGUUUCUGACUCUUGCCACGAAUCUGACCGAAAAAACUGUGAGCUUCAUGACUACGUCGCUAUACACUGGCCUUGUUUACAAUGUUCGCUGCCGUUCGGGCGAGAAGCACAUUUUAGGCGAUCAGAGGAGGCACCUGAUGAAACCUGUUGCGCUAACCCAUGCCUUCUGCGAGAGCACUCGCCUCAUCAGCUUGCUUUCCGUCACCAUGCAAUAUGGUGGAUGGUGGUGGUCCUUCAACCUUGCGCUCAACCUGGUCACGAACGUGCUCGAGCGCAGCUACAGCUCCUUCAGUUUCCUGACCUACCUGUGCCCCGGCCUGUCCAGGUUAAUUUUGCCUGGCAUCAGUAUGGUGUUACAUCAGGAGGCAAAGCUUUUGUCAGGAUAUGCUCAAUAUGUGUCCGUCGUGGCAUAUCUGACGGCAGAUUGCAUCACGGGCAAUUGGGCCACAUCUGCUUUCAACUUUGAGUCCAUAUGCCUCAUCAUCGCAUCUGUGGUCGUGGAGCUCGCGGAGGACUUGGUGAUCAGUGUAGGGAUCAAGCCGAACAAUUUCUGGCGCAAAGCUCUUCAAGAAGACUAUGCUGCGCAGCCAAUCCUGCACCCGCGGCAGAUCCUCUGCAUCGACCAGGUGGGGGUCGCUUGGAAUUCGCCACCGCUCUCUUUGCAUGGCACUGAUAGCCUGGACUUCUGGGAAGUGGCGGCAUUCAUGCUUCCGGCAACUUACUUCUCCCUGGUAUUGAUGAACUUGCUUCUGGGUGCUGGCUACAUGCAUGGAGUUUGCCCAGAGCCUCUACCGGCAGAGAUGCGCCUUUGGGAUGGGCUUACUUGGACCAACCCGCUACGAUGUGCGUGA